UUAUUUUGGUUUUGAUUUCUAAAUUUCUCUUUUUUGGGUAUUGUGUAUUGGUUAAGAUAAAGAAUGUUCUACAUAGUGAAAAUCUUGAAAUGCAUGUGGACUUUAAAGUCAAAGAUGUGUUUUUAAGAUGGUUUUGUAUGUGAAUAAGAGGAAUAAUGAGUAAAGUUGCAAUCUUUAUUGGUUUUCUUCUUGUAAUAGUUUCAUUUUGCUAUUGAUCUCUAAAUUUCCCUUUUUGAUGUGUAUGUACUGGUUUGGUUAGAUAAAGAAUGUUCUACAUAGUGAAAAUCUUGAAAUGCAUGUGGAAUUUAAAGUCAAAGAUGUGUUUUUAAGAUAAAUUUUGUAUGUGAAUAAGCGGAAUAAUGAGUAAAGUUGCAAUCUUUAUUGGUUUUCUUCUUGUAAUAGUUUCAUUUUACUAUUGAUCUCUAAAUUUCCCUUUUUGGAUGUUGUGUAUGUACUGGUUUGGUUAGAUAAAGAAUGUUCUACAUAGUGAAAAUCUUGAAUGCAUGUGGACUUUUAAAGUCAAAGAUGUGUUUUUAAGAUGGUUUUGUAUAUUGAUAAAGUGGAAUAGUGAGUAAAGUUGUAACCUUUAUUGGUUUUCUUCUUCUAAUAGUUACAUUUUGCUAUUGAUCUCUAAAUUUCCUUUUUUGGGUGUUGUGUGUAUACUGGUUUGGUUGCAUAAAGAAUGUUCUACAUAGCGAAAAUCUUGAAUGCAUGUGGACUUUAAAGUCAAAUAUGUGUUUUUUAGAUGGUUUUGCAUAUGAAUAAGGGGAAUAAUGAGUAAAGUUGCAAUCUUUAUUGGUUUUCUUCUUUUAAUAGUUUCGUUUUAGUAUUGAUCUCUAAAUUUCCUUUUUGGGUAUAUUUACUGUUUUGGUUAGAUAAAGAAUGUUCUACAUACAGUGAAAUUCUUGAAUGCAUGUGGACUUUUAAGUCAAAGAUAUGUCUAUUUAAAAUGUUUUUGCAUAUUGAUUUGGGAAAAAUGAGUGAAGUUGCAAUCUUUAUUGCUUUUCUGUAUAUUUUCUGUUUAUGGGUUGUGAUAGGAAACUGGGUUUUUUUAUUGUUAUAUCUAUGGAUAUUCUGUUGGUGAUAGUAACAUUUGCAGAGUGGGGUUCUUGAUGUAAUAAAGAUCAGCAUAAUUGGUUGAUUCUUUCUUGAUCUUUUGUUCUAUAUAUUUAGCAUUAUUGGUAAAUUUGUUGCGAUGUGACUUGAAGGUCACGGUUUUGAGCUGUGAAAACAACCUCUGUAGAACUGCAUGUAAGGCUGUGUCCAAUAUGCUCUUAUGUUCUGGUCCUUCCCGGACCCUACAUAUAGCAGGAGCUUAGUGCACUGGGUGGAUUUUUUAUGUGCAUGCCCAAUAGUUUUCUUCUUAAAGUUUCAUUUUGCCUCUAAAUUUCCCUUUUGGGGUAUAAGAAUAUUCUACAGAGUGAGUCUUGAGUGCAUGUGGGGUUUAAAGUAAAAAAAUAUGUCUUUUUAAGAUGGUUAUGCAUAUUUAUAAGGGGAAUAAUGAGUAAAGUUCAUAUCUUUAUGGGUUUUCUGCAUAUUUUUUGUUUAUGGGUUGUCAUAGGAGAAUGUGUUUUUUCUUCUAAUAUCCAUGGAAGUUCUUUUGAUGAUAGUAAUAUUUGGAGAGUGGUGUUUUUGAUGUAAUAAACAUUUAAAUAUUUGGUUGAAUGUUUCUUGAUCUUGUGUUCUAGGUUCUGAUCUAGUGUUUUUCGCCUUAUCUUUUUGAAGAGUUUGCUGGCUAUGUUGCUCGGACUCUUCAAAAUAUAGACGGGGUGCAUGUGGGAUACUCCUAAAAUAGUGUAUUUUUGGAGAAUCCGAGCCACAUGGUUUUCUCGUGAUAUAUGACUUGGUAUGUUGAUCAAGUAAUCUUUGGGAUAUAAGAUUCUCAUGAUGUUAGAGCAAGAUGCAUGUGGUUUUUUGUUUUAAUUUUCCCAUUGGUAAUUUUUUUUUUGUUCAUUUCAUUUUAGGUGUUCAUUUUGCUAUGUCUGAUCAAAUCCUUUCUACUAUGGUUUUUUAUAGUCAUAUAUAUGAGUCGAGUAUAUCGGGUAGGUUAAUGGUCUUGUAUUAUGUAUUGAUGAACUGCUAGUUACUAGUUACUGCAUGUAAACAUCAGUCACAGAAUGCUUACCCACAAUUCUGCUUCGGAAACUUCUCUUUUGAGGCAAGGUCUAUCGAGAACAGCCUCUCUAUCCCACAAAGGUAGGGGUAAUGUGUGCAUACAUCGUACUCUUCCCAAAUUCCACUAGUGGAACUACAUUGGGUAUGUUGUUGUUGUUGUUACCGCAUAAGCCUGUCUGUCCUUGUGUAUUUUAUCACCUUAUGGGAGUUCGUGUUGCAGGUUUGAUGACUAAGAUUUUGUUGAUGUUGUUUCAUUUUUCAUAUAUGCUAUGUGAUUCUUCCUCUAGUGGUUGUUAUAUUUCUUUAUUUCUGUAUGUUCUUUGAUAUAAAUUACCGAGCCGGGGAUCUUUCGAAGACAACCUUCCUAUCUCCGUUAGGUAGGGGUAAGGUCUGUGUACAACACUCUAUCCCUCCCUAGACCCCACCUUGUCGGACUACGUUGGGUAUGUUGUUGUUUGCUUUGAAUAGCUAAUCAUGGUGAGUUCCAAUGAACAAGAAACUUCACAUUAUAAUCGGAAAAUUGGUCUCAGAAGUGGAAUUUCCAUCUCCUUGCUGCCAGGAGAUAUGAAGUCUUUGGAUCCUGACUUACAAGGCGAGACAUUGCGGUUGACACAUACAACUCUUAACUCUCAAGACGAAAUGACUGCCUCAGGGAAAACAAAUUCUCAAGAUCAAUGUGCUUCCUCAGAAUAUGCUCAUGAUGAAAGAUAUGGAAGAGAUAUGCAGGUUCAAAUAAAGCCUGCUCUUUUUUCUUUGCAAAAUGAAGUGGCCAAUUCAACUGGUUUAUCUGCUUUUGGCUACUCUGAUCCCUAUAUCAGUGGCUUAUAUACUGCUUAUGGACCUCAGCCUUAUCCUCAAAUGAUGGGCAUAGCACCUACCCGUGUCCCACUCCCCGUUGAUAUGGCAGAGGAUGGACCAAUCUAUGUUAAUGCAAAACAGUACCAUGGGAUCCUAAGGCGGAGACAGAUACGUGCAAAGCUUGAGGCUCAGAACAAACUUGUCAAAAAUAGAAAGCCAUAUCUUCAUGAGUCACGACAUCUUCAUGCAGUGAACAGAGUUAGAGGGUCGGGUGGACGUUUCCUCAGCUCAAAGAAAGUUCAUCAAUCUGAUCCAAAUAGUUAUCCUACUAACUCAACUUCUUCUCUAGACUCAGUUGAGCAUGAAGGUUCAACUUCUGCUUUCUCAAGUGUCCGUCAAGAUGUCGUCCACAAUGGCAUCAACUUCCAGCAGCAGCAGCCUGAUCACAUGGCCUUCAGUGUAUCCUCUCAUAUGGUUAUUACCAUGCAAGGCAAUGGGACUCAGCAACACGCUCCAGUUGUCCGGUGAUUACAAGUUCUUAACUGUCUUACGACAGUCACCGGCAGGCAAUUCAUCCUUGGCUUUUACUCUUUUCCCAUUAUGUCUCUGAUUUUUGCAAGUGCCAACUUGUUUCUACUGUUAUAAUGGUGAAUUUGGUCUCCUAGAUUUAUCAAACCUAGAUUGAAGAAAAGAACGUCUUUCGUUCUGUAUUAGUUGUUAUCUGUUCUGUUGCAUGUCUGCACCUAACAUGGAAUGGUUGUGCAGUGAAGUUGUUAAUGAUAAACUGAAAAGAAAAUGGAACUGGUUUUAUGUUGAAUGAUUCAAGAGGUUCAUGUAAUGCUAAUAUGUUUAGUGGUCUUGAAUUGAAUACAUCUGUUGUUGUGUUUUCGAACUA